CUUCUACGACGCACAGCGUGAACGCGAGUUCAUGCAGUUUAUGUCAUCUUCAUGAGACGCAUUUUGACUUCAUCGCAGGCAAGUAGCUAGCUGGCUAACAAGCUGCGUUGUUUACAAGAAUGGCAUCCUUAAAGAAGGGAAAGAAAGUUGUAAAUCAGGAGGAACUACGACGCUUAAUGAGGGAAAAACAAAGGCAAACCACAGACAAGAAGCGCGUCGAGUCUCCUUUUGCUAAAUACAACAGUCUCGGGCACCUCAGUUGUGUCCUGUGCAAUGUGCAGGUGAAGUCUGAACUACUGUGGCCGGCGCAUGUUCUUGGAAAACAACACAAAGAAAAAGUUGCUGAGCUGAAGGGAGGAAAGAGUCAACCAGUGACACCACAGUUUCAACCAGUAAAGAGGAAAGCACCGGACAACGAGGACGUUAACGGGAAAAAGGCGAAACCCUCGUCGGAUGCAGGCCAGUCUGCGUCGUCAGGGCUGCCAGGAGAUUUCUUUGAGAAACCCAGCGAAAAGGGAGCCUCCUCUACUCAAAAAUCCGCAGGUCUGAGUCUGUUGGCUGAAGGUUAUGACGAGGACGAUGAUGAAGAAGAUGCUAAAGAGGCAGGAACCACAAAUCCCCCUUCGCAAGAGGCUGAAGCUGCAGGACUACCCGCUGAUUUCUUUGACAGCUCCAUCCCAUCAACUCCUGCCAUCUCCCAUUCAGGAUCCAUCCUCAAAGCAGACGUGCAAGAGAAAAGCACAGAAACGAAAGAAAACACAGCCGAGGCACUCCCAGAGGGCUUCUUCGACGAUCCUGUGAGAGAUGCUAAAGUGCGCAACGUCGACGCACCCAAAGAUCACAUGGACAAGGAGUGGGACGAGUUUCAAAAGGAGAUACGACAGGUAAACACUAAAUCAGAGGCCAUCGUGGCCGAGGACGACGAGGAGGGCCGCUUUGAACGACAGAUUGAGGAAAUCGACGAACAAAUAGAGUGUUACAAGAGGGUUGAAGUACUGAGAGACAAGCGGGAUGUGGCAAAGAGCAAGCCUCUGCCCAUUAUGGAGGAACGUAUGGAGGUAGACGCCAGCGAUGAGGAAGAAGAGAAUGAAGAGGAGCUGCUGGGGCUUUUGUCCCGGGACUGGAGGGCUAAAGGGGCACUGGCCUAAGUCUCUCUAGAUCUCCUACAACUGGGAGAAAAAAAAGCCAUGUGUGUUUCUUUUUGUACAAGUCUGUCAGCAAUCCAACACUUGUAAAUAUGUUUGGUAAAAGCUCUUCACCACCUUUUUUUGUUGUUGGUAUAUUUCAGACUGGAUUAAAUGUGAUGCAGUGAUGCGCAGCGUUCUUGUAAAACAUUGUUUAGACAGUGUUUCUCAGUUCAUUACUUAAAGCAACCAGAUGGACAACAAAUCAAACCUUUUAACUUUGUGUUUAUUCAUUGGUGCUCACACAAACAUUCAUAAAAUCUCCAUGUACAGCAGCAGCAUGGACCCAAAAUCUGUCAUGAUGGCCAAAGCUGUUACAUUGUCCUCCAAAAACAACUAGUCGACUAUGUUAAGUUCAUAAAUAAUUUGUUCAUGUUACAUUAUAAGCAACAUGCAAAGCACAACAUAAUUAUUUAAGAAAUGUUCAAUGUUGAGAUUAAGACAAUAAAAGCAAAUUUAACCAAACCCAA